CUCUACAGUUCUCCCUCAGGCCUCUCUUAUUUCCUCUUCUCUUCUGUUCCCUCUCCUCCCAGCUUUCCUUUUUGCAAUCCCUUCUUAGUGAAAGAUCAAGGUGAAUGGAUGCUAUAAGAAAGCAAGCUAGCAAGUUAAGGGAGCAAGUUGCCAAGCAGCAGCAGGCUAUACUUAGACAAUUAGGCCAAAUUAGCAAUGAACCCCUAAUAACGGAUGAAUCAGAAGUUCAAUGUCACCAACAACUGCGAAAAUUAUACAAUUCUACAAAAGCAGCCAAGAAUUUUCAGCGGCAUAUUGUUCGUGGUAUUGAGGGUUUAAACUCUGUUAGUUUAAAGCAGAUGGAGAUAGUAAGGAAGUUGGCUAAAGACUGUUGUAAGUAUGGGACAGAGCAUGAAAGCAGUAAAUAUCCUCUUGCAAGGGCUUCCUUUCACAUGGGUAACUCAUACGAUUUAAUGGAAAAUGAAAGGGAGACUUUGCUUGGAAUCUACAGUCAUCAGGUCUCUGAGCCAUUACGGGCACAAAUCACAGGAGCUCCUUUAGAUGAUGCACGCCACCUCACUUAUCGCUACGACAAACUUUUUCAGGAGGUGGAAGCUCAGGCUGCUGAAGUUUUGAGGCGUCGAUCAAAGUUGAGGGAUUCUUCUGUUUCUGCAGAGAACUCCAUGAAGCUUCAAAAUGCAGAGGCAAGGUUGAAAGAACUUAAAUCAGCCUUGGUGGCGCUUGGUAGAGAAGCAACUGCUGCCAUGGUGUCAGUUGAAGAUGAACAACAACAGAUAACUCUCAAGAGCCUUCAUACAAUGGUGGAUGCUGAGAGAGCUUAUCAUGAGCAUGCCCUUGUUAUUUUAGAGAAACUAUAUUCUGAGAUGAUUCUGGAGAAGCAAUCAAAAGAGUCUCCUGCCAGUACAGUGCCAAGAGAUGGAUAUAAUCAACCUGUAUCUGAGAAUGCUAACGUAAAUGGUUUUGAUCAUCGAAGCAAUGAUCCAAGGGGAAUCUAUUACUUUGCUAAGGUGGUACACCCAUUUGAUGCUCAAGCUGAGGGGGAGCUAAGUUUAUCAGUUGAUGAUUAUGUCGUAGUCCGGCAGGUAUCUCCCCAUGGAUGGUCUGAAGGAAUAUGCAAAGGCAAUGCUGGAUGGUUUCCCUCUGCAUAUGUGGAGAGAGAGGACAAAAUUCCAGCGAGCAUGGCAAUGGAAAUAACAUCAACGUCGUGAUCCCUUCAUCAUCUUUGUUUAGUCUCUGCAAAAGCAAAAAGCUGUAUAUUCUAACUCUUAUCAAAUAGGUCUCUUCCUGCGAAUGAGUUGGUUCUCUGCAGUAUGUUGUGUAAGCAAGCAUGAAUUGUUUUUUAUUAUAUGAUUAUAUACAUAGCAGUUUAUAGCGGUAGAUCAACCUGUAAUUGAUGAGUGUGCUUAGAUCCUACGGCAUCCUUGUAAAGAGUUUUAAUUUUCCACGUUAGCAGAAUCUUAACAAGGUGGAUAAAUUUGUAAUUUCGCUUUUUUCCCAUACGAUUGUACGUAGUUUCGUUUUUCCGAAUUUAUGAAGUUGUGUGGAAUUACAUUAUUUUAUCAAAGGAAGUAUGAGACUUUCUAUGA